ACUCUGUUACUGUUAUACUAUAACUGCUAGCCACCCAGAGUCACUUGGCUGAGAUGGGAAGCUGUAGAAAUUGAAUAGAGAAAUGAGUUCUGCCUGGGAUCUUUGCGGUCAUAGAUCGAAAGCCCUUCUCCGACAUCAUCUGUCUCGUGCCCUCUCCGCUUCGUUGCGACCCCUACCGUUUCCUACGCUUUGGAUUCUUCCCACCGAACUACGGUUCCCAGAAUGCCAAGCGAAGCCGGCGCUCCCCUUCCCCCUACGAGCGCAUGGGAUAUGCCGUGUGGGCGGGGCAGAGGCGGCGGCGGCUGUUGCUGUUUUUUCUGUCGCCGUGGCAGCUGAAAGUGGCGGCGAGCUUGGGGCACCGGGGAAACAUUUAGGGUCCCUGCAGCCACCUGCAAAGAGUUCGUAAUGGCCAAAGACAUCCUAGGGGAGGCGGGUCUCCACUUUGAUGAGCUGAACAAACUGAGGGUUUUGGAUCCAGAGGUGGCCCAACAAACCACAGAGCUGAAAGAGGAAUGCAGACUGUUUGUAGACAAAAUUGCAGAAUUUAAAAAAAUAGUGGGCAACCUCAUUGAACUUGUAGAUCAGCUAGCAAAAGCCACAGAAAAUGAGAAGAUUAAGGCAAUUGGGGCCCGUAACUUACUGAAGUCCAUAGCAAAGCAAAGAGAGGCCCAGCAGCAACAACUCCAAGCAUUAAUCGCCGAGAAGAAGACGCAGCUGGAAAGGUACCGAGUCGAGUAUCAAACACUGUGCAAAAUAGAAGCAGACCAGAAUGAAUUCAUUGACCAGUUUAUCUUCCAGAAGUAGACCCAAGAACUGAUGGCCACCAACAGACCAAGAGAACUUGACCCAUUCCUGUUGUUCCAGAUCCAGGCAAUUUGAACAGGCUGUGGAAGCGUCGACUGAAGGAUACCCCUUGCAAGAUCCCCUGUCCAACCCGGAGAGUUUUCAUUGUCCUCAAGCAGCCUGUCCUGUAGUUGGGGAUGAUGGAAACCACGGUUGGCAGGUUCCCAGGGAAGAUGUUUGCGAUUGGAUAUGCUUCCAAAGGAUGAAAAGGAAGGAGCAAUUCCUGUAUUUAAGUCUUUUUUUUAGCAGCUGUUUUGUAAUGAGAGUUUCAAUCACUAAACUGUAUUUCUCACUGGGUUUGUGCCCCUUCCCCACUUUUUAAGAAAAUAAAAAACAACAUGCUUUCAAGGAACAAUUAACUAUCCUUGGAAA